AUGCCCGACACUGAAGCGAAGCUAGACGCAGUACUUGCGAAGAUGGACGAAUUGCUCGCCGCUAAAGAUGAACAAGAGUCGAAGUUGAACGCCAUCCUGAUGAAGCUAGAAAGUUUGGAAAAAAGUCAAAAGAAAACCGCUCAGGAUGUCGACGAAUUGAAAGAUAGCUAUAAACUUUUAGACCACGGUGUGACCGAGGUUAAAAGCGCUCUUGCAGAGAAGGCGAACCGCAAAGAGAUAGACGCCCUGAACAAAAAAAUUGAAGACUUGGAGAACAGAUCCAAGAGGAACAACGUGGUUAUAUGGGGUUUAAAGGAAGGCGCCGAAAAAGAUUGCAGCUCCGUAGAAGAAUUCUUAGAGGAAGAACUUUUCAGUAAGCACAUGGGCCUCGAUAAUAUCGAAGUCAUGCGAGCGCACCGUACGAAGAUCAACCAAGCGGCUGCGAGCGCUACCGCUCCGCAGUCAAGGCCUAUCCAUGUCUACUUACUUAGAUAUCCUGAUAAAGGACGAAUUUUAAAGGCUGCAGCGAACACCCUGAAAGAUAACCCUUUCUGCGACAGUCAGAUAUUCAUAUCCGACGACGUGUCAAAAUCAGUUCGAAGUGAAAGAGCCAAACUACGGAAAGAUCAUUUAAAGCAACUUAAAGAAAGAGAAGGAGUCCAGUUCGCGUUCAUCCCAUGGUCAGUUCCCGCGCAGAUACUGUAUAAAGAAAUCGAUUCUGAAGGUCUCAAGUCCUUUAAAAUCAGACAUAAGUAA